AUGGUUGCGAACAACAAGGUGGACAGCCUGUCGUACGACGUCGAGGCGCCGCCGCCCGCGGCGGCGGCGGCAGCGCCACCUCCGGCGUCGUCGUCGCCGGCGCCGGCUCGUCCCGCGGCGCCCGUGACGCGGCAGGGCACCGCGUCCGCGUCGGCGUCGGUGCUGGAGCUGCACAAGGUGUCGGUGCCGGAGCGGCGGACGACGGCGAAGGCGCUGCGGCAGCGCCUGGCCGAGGUGUUCUUCCCCGACGACCCGCUGCACCAGUUCAAGAACCAGUCGUCGGCGCGGCGCCUGGUGCUGGCGCUGCAGUACUUCUUCCCCAUCUUCCAGUGGGGCCCAGAAUAUAGGCCGGCCGGCGUGCGGCGCGUAAUAACUACCUCUAACACGGUUGCCGUUGUUGCCGUCGCCGUGCAGGGAAUCAGCUACGCCAAGCUCGCCAACCUGCCGCCGAUCAUUGGCCUAUAUUCCAGCUUUGUGCCGCCGCUCAUCUACUCGCUGCUGGGGAGCUCGCGGGACCUGGCGGUGGGGCCGGUCUCCAUCGCGUCGCUGGUGAUGGGGUCCAUGCUCCGGGAGGCCGUGUCGCCGGACGAGCAGCCCAUCCUGUACCUGCAGCUCGCCUUCACCGCCACCUUCUUCGCCGGCGCCUUACAGGCGUCCCUGGGAUUCCUCAGGCUGGGCUUCAUCGUCGACUUCCUGUCGAAGCCGACGCUGACGGGCUUCAUGGGCGGCGCCGCCGUCAUCGUGUCGCUGCAGCAGCUCAAGAGCCUGCUCGGCAUCGUCCACUUCACCUCCCACAUGGGCUUCGUCGACGUCAUGCGCUCCGUCGUCAACCGCCACGACGAGUGGAAGUGGCAGACGAUCGUCAUGGGCAGCGCCUUCCUCGCCAUCCUCCUCCUCACGCGCCAAAUCAGCAAAAGGAACCCAAAGCUUUUCUUGGCAGCAGCAGGUGCUCCCCUGGCGUCAGUGAUCAUCUCCACCAUCCUCUCCUACAUCUGGAAAUCCCCACCAUCAGUGUUGGGAGUGAACCCACCUUCAGCGAACAUGCUCACCUUCAGCGGCUCCUACGUGGCGCUGGCGAUCAAAACAGGGGUCAUGACAGGCAUCUUGUCCUUAACUGAAGGGAUUGCAGUGGGCAGGACAUUCGCAUCCAUCAACAACUACCAGGUGGACGGGAACAAGGAGAUGAUGGCGAUCGGGAUCAUGAACAUGGCCGGCUCCUGCGCCUCCUGCUACGUGACGACGGGUUCCUUCUCCCGGUCGGCGGUGAGCUACAGCGCGGGGUGCAAGACGGCGGUGUCCAACAUCGUGAUGGCGGCGAUGGUGCUGGUGACGCUGCUGUUCCUGAUGCCGCUGUUCCACUACACCCCGAACGUGAUCCUGUCGGCGAUCAUCAUCACGGCGGUGAUAGGGCUGAUCGACGUGCGCGGCGCCGCCAAGCUGUGGAAGGUGGACAAGCUGGACUUCCUGGCGUGCGUGUCCGCGUUCCUGGGAGUGCUCCUGGUGUCCGUGCAGAUGGGCCUCGCCAUCGCCGUCGGCAUCUCGCUGUUCAAGAUCCUGCUGCAGGUGACGCGGCCGAACCUGGUGGUGGAAGGCCUGGUCCCCGGCACGCAGAGCUACCGCAGCGUGGCGCAGUACCGGGAGGCCGUGCGCGUGCCGGCGUUCCUCGUCGUCGGCGUCGAGUCGGCCAUCUACUUCGCUAACUCCAUGUACCUGGUGGAGCGGGUCUUGCGGUACCUCCGCGACGAGGAGGAGCGCGCGCUCAAGUCCAACCUCCCCUCCAUCCGAUCCGUCGUCCUCGACAUGAGCGCCGUCACGGCGAUCGACACGAGCGGUCUGGACGCGCUGUCGGAGCUGAAGAAAGUCCUGGACAAAAGAAACAUCGAGCUGGUGCUUGCCAACCCGUUGGGAUCGGUGGCGGAGAGGAUUUUCAACUCGGCGGUGGGGAUACCUUCGGGUCGGACCGCCUCUUCUUCAGCGUAG